CAAGUCGCCAGCACCCUCUCUCUUUCUCUCCCAUUCUUUCCGGCGAAAGCCACCAUCACCGGUGAGCUCUCCCUCUCGCUCCUCCUUCGACUUCCCCUUUCCCUCUCUCCCUCCUCUCAUCCCUCCCUUAGACCAGCACCUCCCUCAAUUGCUCUCUCUCUCUCAUCUUCCUUCUUCUCCGUUGCUCCUCCUCCUUCUCCUCUCCUCUUCUCGACUCCAGCGGCUCCAAGCAAAACCGGUGGGCAGAAGCAACCGAUGAAGAGCAAAGCGCAGCCGCCACCACCUCCCUUUUUCCUCUUUUAUCCACUCUUUUAUCCUCCCAUGUUCUUCUCCUCCUUCCCUCCUCGCCUGACCGCCAACAGCAACAACCACGAGGACCAGAAGCGAGCAGCUCCACCAGCGAUCAACUCUGGCAGAAACUGCCAGCAGCAAGCCACCAGAAGGCAACAGAACGCAGCUCUGACUCCCGCAAAGGCUGCUCCAGCGAGCGGUAGAGCGAACUCCGGUGUAGUUUUCAAAGGUUUCAAGUGGGUUAAAAGACGGAUCCGUCAAGAGUCAUGGACUAGUACGAAUUCCCAAACCCUCAGACGGUCACAGAGGUGAAUCACAAACAUAGGAGCUGGUGGAUGGAUAUAAAGAGAGAUCGAGAAACGGAGAUUCGUCAAUUGUUGGGUGGUCUUGCAUAUCAUAUCUUCGUCACAAAAAAAACCUCAUCUGACUAGGGCCCUACUUGAAUUUUGGGACCCUGUGAAGAUGGUUUUAAAAUUUACAGAUUGUAUCUUGACAACAACAAUUGAAGAAAUUAGUGGUUUCAUUGACCUGCUAUAUCAUGAGUGUGAAAUGAUGGUACCUUAUAAGCCAUCAUCAAGGGUAUUUUAAAAAGUAUUAGGAUGAAGUCUAAACCAAUAUGAACUUCUUUAGACCUUGGAUGGACUCAUUUAGACUUCCUAUAAUAACGAAUUGGCCGAGAUGAUAGCUAUUAUACUUAUAGCUAUGAAUUUGAAUGCUCCGUUAAGGAAUGAGAAAAAUAUCAUUUGGAUGCCUUUGCCAUCGCCUUAUUACGAUCAUUGGUUUUUCCUAAAACAAUAGGAAGAACCGACACAUGUUUAAGGUACAUGGUUAAGACCUAUCUCAAAGAGGGGACGAGCCUAGGAAAACUAUACUGCCCAUGAUCCUGGCCAAGAUUAUGAGGAGUUUGUUAAAAUGUGUCGAUGGUAGAAUGUUUUUCGAAUGAUGCGACCUUCUAAUUCAACUAUGGUCUAUCGAUCACUUACACAAAUGAUCCGACGUGGUAGGCACCUUUCCUAGUCAAGGAAACAAUAUUGAUAACCAUCCAAGAAGGUUGGCACGUUUCGCUACACUUGUAGGAUUUGUGGAUAGGCGGAUAUUUUUUAUAGAGCGUGAGAGCCGCGGAAUCCAAUGGAAUAUCCAUUGGUUGUCCAUGCCUAAUGCCAUAGUAAGAGGGGAUGAGCUAUACUUCAUUGAGAUUAUUGGCUUAAAAGGCGUUCAACCACAUGCGCCGCCUUGAGUACUUCGCUAAUUUGGGCAAACUCUAGUCAUACCACUCUGUUAUGAUGUGAAGAAGUUUAAGUAUGGGUUUGGACUAAAUAAAUAAUAAGUACACAAUAUAAUUCGAUGAUGGGAGCGUGUGUUGACCAUUCCCAUGGGUGCAUGACGGGAUUUAUACGGACAUGAGUACUGCAUAUGGAUCUUGAUAGAGUUUGAAGUCCCAACACCAAGUGGAGUAAGAUACCAUGGGAUCACUGAUGAAAGGGAAAACAUAUGGCAGUGUGUUUAACAUGAGACAAGAAGUCUCUCCCUAUACAAGAGGUCAAUUGGCGCCAAGCUCUUGCAGUUGAUACCUCCAAGAUUUCAGAAUUUAGUAUGAUUUCCCCCAUGUUAUCCUUUUUCCAUUAGUUUAUUUCAGCUUUGCUUUUCAAUUAUGAUAUUAUUCCAAUUUUAUAAUGAAUGAAAGUUAUUUGUGUCUUCUAAUGUAAACUCCACUUGUA